ACGUCAGCCUGCGCGGCCGGGUUAGGACCUGGCGGUGGCUCGCGGAGGCACUUCACCUAGCCUGACGUACGGACUCCGCUACCCCGCGGCCCGCCCGCCCGCCGGCUUAGCCGCCGCCGCCGCCUCCCUCGCUCCGUGAGCGCGCCGAGAGCGAGCCAGCGGCCGGGGCAGAGGCCCGGGGCGACGCGGCGCGGAGAGGGCGGGCGGGCGGGCGGGCGGGCAGUGGGAGAGCCGGUCUCUAUAUGGCGGCGGCUCUGUCGGGCCUGGCUGUCCGGCUCUCGCGCUCGGCCGCCGCCCGCUCUUAUGGGGUCUUCUGCAAGGGGCUGACUCGCACGCUACUCAUCUUCUUCGAUCUGGCCUGGCGGCUGCGCAUCAACUUCCCUUACCUCUACAUCGUGGCUUCCAUGAUGCUCAACGUCCGCCUGCAGGUUCAUAUUGAGAUACAUUGAAGGCCCUCCCCUAACGGAUGAAGGUGUGACCUCAGGCUCACU